AUGGAAAUGGAUAUCAGCUUUAACCAGUCUAAUGUUUUUACUGAGAUUCAUCCCUGCUAUAAGAUAGAUCUGUUUCAUGUGCUGAGAAGCAAUCCCUCUGCAGUAUGUGUAUUGUUUCAUGUUUUUCUGGGCUCAUUAUCUGUUGUUACUGUUUGUGGAAACCUCCUUGUCAUAAUCGCCAUCAUUUACUUCAAACAGCUCCACACACCUACUAACUCUCUCAUCCUCUCUCUGGCUGUGGCCGACCUGCUUGUCGGUGUUGUAGUAUUUCCUCUCACCAUUGAAUUUUCUAUAACCUUUUGUCUUUUCUACGAUGACUUGUUUUACAGAUACUACGCAGUGUGUCAGCCUCUGAGCUACAAAACUAAGAUAAAUGACCAUGUUGUUGUGACCAUGAUCCUGGUGAGCUGGGGCCUGUCCGUCCUAAUUGGGCUUAGCUUCAUCAUUGCAGGAAUAAACCAUGAAAAAUGUACUGAAAUGUGUAUAACUGAUGUUGUGUUGGCGAACAUUAUGGGACUUAUUUUCUCAUUUUACCUCCCAGUGGUUGUAAUGCUCUGCAUCUACAUGAAGAUUUUCAGUGUUGCACAGAGACAGGCGCGCAGCAUCCACAACACAACGUGUCAGAGCACAAAGUCCAGAGCAGCUGUCAGUAAGAUGGAGAGGAAGGCCACUAAAACUCUGGCUAUUGUCAUGGGAGUGUUUUUGUUGUGUUGGCUUCCUUUCUUCCUCUGUACAACUGUUCUUUCCUUCAGUCACGUUUAUGUGCCACUUCCUCUAAUUGAACUACUUAGCUGGCUGGCUCUGUCUAAUUCCAUGUUAAAUCCAUUUAUCUAUGCAUUCUUCUACAGCUGGUUCCGAUCGGCUUUCAGAAUGAUCAUUUCAGGAAAAGUGAUUCAAGGUGAUUUUACAAACUCAAAACUGCACUGA